GAGAGAAAGAGAAUAGGAGAGAGAGAGAGAGAGAGAGGUUUGGACUGGGUAGCGAGAAAGGAGGAGGAAACAAUGGGCGAGGUAUCUGAAACAACAACAACAACCAUGACGACGACAACCACCAAGAGGAAGAAGAAGGGUCGUCCUUCUCUUUUGGAUCUUCAAAAACGAUCUCUCAAAAAGCAACAAAAACAUCACCAAAACCCCAAUUUUCCCAAUUCCAAUUCCAACGAUGAAGAUGAACGCAUACUCAAGAAACAAAAGCUCUUACAAGCUUUCAAUUCCAAUCUCCAAAACCUUAACCCUCCCGCAUUAUUCCCUAAUUCCAAUUCCGAUCCCCUAUCUCACCCUAUCGGAUCAGAUCAUCAAUACGAUGGAAAGGUUCGGAAAGCGACUGACAGUAAACAUGGUUCGCAGGUUGUGUCCGGUCCCACUACACCUUUGCCAGACAAAAAGCUCUUGCUGUUUAUCCUUGACAGACUUCAAAAGAAGGACACACAUGGGGUCUUCUCUGACCCGGUGGAUCCAGAAGAGCUUCCUGAUUAUCAUGAUAUCGUUAAGCACCCUAUGGAUUUUGGAACUAUAAGAAAGAAAUUGGAUGAGGGAUUGUAUGUCUGCCUUGAACAGUUUGAGAAUGACGUGUUCUUGGUAUGCUCUAAUGCAAUGCAAUACAAUUCAUCAGAUACUAUUUACUAUCGGCAGGCCCGGGCCAUGCAAGAGAUAGCAAAGAAGGAUUUUGAGAAUCUAAGACAAGAUAGUGACGACGAGGGUGAAGACGAUGAUGAUAGUGAACCACCACCACCACCCAAAAUUGUGCAGAGGGGAAGGCCGCCGGGAAAGCACACGAAAAAGUCAUUGGGCAUGUCUCCAUCUGAGCUUGUUAUUCCUGAAUCUUCCUCUGAUGCAACUCUUGCUUCUGUUGGGGAUAUUGCUAGUGGUUCCAAUGGUUAUAAUCUCAGAAAAGUAGUAAGCAAAUUUCAGCCUACAGAUGCAUCAGCCAGGGCUUACCACAACAACAGUGGAGGUUACACAAAUUUGACAUCCGAAUGGGAGAAUGAAUUUCCACCUUCUGUUUUAAAAGCCGUGUUACGGUACGGAAAGAAGCAGUUCACGGUUGAUGAGACCAGGCGUGACACUUACAGAAAUCCAGUUCCCGUAGGAAAUGAACCACCAGUAUUGACCGCAUUCGAAGAUAAUUUCAAGCAGCUUCUUUCAGUUGGUUUACAUGUGAAGCACAGCUAUGCAAGAAGCCUAGCCAAUUUUGCUGCAGACCUUGGUCCAGUUGCUUGGAAAGUUGCUGCUAGGAAAAUCAGUAGUGUUUUGCCCCCAGGACAUGAAUUUGGUCCGGGAUGGGUAUCCGACGAUGAUGUGUCACAGAGGCAACACUCUGCAGUUCGUGAUGAGAGAAAUUCGGAUACUCCUGUACAAAGUAGAUUUUCUUCUCCAUCAAGAAUGUUCUCUCUUGCAAAUGCAUCACCAUUGCAAAGUGGAGAUAUGGCAAUGAACAGAGAUUUCAGUUACCAAAACGAAAUGAAUCCAAGCAGCAGUGUUAGUGGCGGGAAUGAAUCCAUGAUUCAUGGGAUGAUUCAGCAGGAGCCCAUGCCACAGUCUGAUGAUUUUGGUUCAAAUGGUCGAUUAGGUUCUAAUUUUUCACCUCAAAUGAAGAUGGUAAGACUUGCUGACAUAACUGGCUCUUCAAAUGCCGGUAAUGCUCCUCAAAUGUUAGACAUGGAUGCCAUACACCACCUGUCCGGUCAAACUGCACCUACAAAUGUUAAUCCGACAGCUCUCAAGGCCCAAUUCUUCAACAAGUCAAGUCAAUCGGAUUCCAGCAAUUUAUCAGGUCUGGAAUCUGGCUUCGAGUCACAAAGAUCAUCUCAGGGGCUUGCUGGAAAUUCGUCUUGGCAAGGAUCAGAAGCUCCUACUAAGCAACAGAGUUCUUUUUCACAUGCUAGUGACUUGAACAGGAUGAUUGAGGCAACAAAUUCACUGAGCUCCAAUGUCGAAACUGGUUCUCAGCUGCAACCAAAUCUUGCAUUGCAGCUCUGAUGAUAUAUUAUUUUUGACAUUGGAAAAUUUCUCAUUCAAUUUCUAACUUGAUAAUGUCAUGUCAUGAGGGAGAAAGUUAAAAAGUUUAAUGGAUACUGUCAUAUAAUAGUAAUAGGUUUUUAUUUUAGAUACUUUUGUGUUUUGUUUUCUCUCAUGACAUGGCAUUGCCAUCUUGAUAAAUAAGAUGGGAAGCUCCAAAUUCUGUCAAUUGAUUUCAGAAGCUCUCAGAAGCUGGGCUUUACAGUUUUAGUUGUAGAGCUUUUGUACUUUUUUUUACUUUAAAAUGGAUUUUGGCUGUACCAUGUUUACAGUUCGAUUGGUAUCAGCUCAGGACUAUACCUUAAUUGGGACAACAAAUGUUCAAUACUUUCAUUACAUUAGUUUGGAUACUUAA